AUGCCGGAUACCCCGCCCCGGCCCACGGCGGUCAUGCCGGCCAUGAUGUACGGCACCGCCUGGAAGAAGGACCGCACCGCCGACCUCGUCUACGAAGCCAUCAAGGCCGGCUUUCGCGGCAUCGACACGGCCGCCAUGAAGCGCCACUAUGACGAGGCCCUCGUCGGCGAAGGCAUACGCCGCGCCAUCCGGGAGGGCAUCGUCACGCGCGGGGACCUCUUCGCAAGUCCUCCCUCCUUCGAUAUCCAAACCAAGUACACCCCUCUAGACGACACUUUCCCCAUGCAACAUGUAGAGGGAGAAGAAGGCAACCUUGAAGAUCUGAUCCCCUCGCAAAUCCACCAGUCCAUAACCUCCUCCCUGAACAACCUCUCCACCCCUUCCGAACCACCUUACCUCGACGCUCUGAUCCUGCACUCGCCCUUCCCAACCCAAGCCCAAACCCAGCUCGCCUGGCGGUGUCUGCAGCAAUACCUGCCCUCCUCCUCCUCCCCUGACCUGGCAGGCAAGAUCCUGCGCCUGGGCAUCUCCAACGCCCCGCUUGGGAGCAUAACCGCGCUGGACCCGGCGCCGUCCAUCGUGCAGAACCGGUUCCACGCUGUCGAGCGGCGUUGGGACACCCAAGUGCGUGCGUGGUGCCGCGCCAGGAGGGAGUUUGACAGGGCCGAGGCCUAUUACCAGGCCUUUUGGACGCUGACGGCCAACCCGGACGUCUGGCGCGGCCCGGACGCCAAGUGGUUUGUGCGCGAGUUGGCGCAGCACGCCGGCGUGUCCCCCGCCGCUGCAUGGUACGUGCUGCUCAUGGACGGGGCCGGGCUGGUGGUGCUCAACGGGACGUCGAAUAGUACGCAUAUGAGAGAUGAUUUGGAAGCGAGGGCCAAGGUUGCGGCUUGGGCGGCCACGGAGGAGGGGAGAGAGCCGUGGAUUAGGUGUGUGGAGGGAUUUAAGGAGAUGGUUUGGCGGUGA